GUGAUAACGUUGUGCGGACAAAUGAGCGUCAAAACAGUCGUCCUCGAGCACACGAACGCGUCGAAAGGCUCCACGAAAAAUAAAGGAUCGCGCGAGCUGAGAAUCACGUUUUGCAUGUUGGUCGCGUGUCACCAGCCUGAUCGUUCGUGACUCGAUGCGGUGGCUUCAUCGAUCCGCGCGUCGUCUCGCUGCCUCGUUGGCUUCGAAUGAAAUUCGGCUAGCGCCGAUAAACUCCGAGGAUUCGAUAGAAUCGUUUGAAACCAAGGCAAAGAGGGAUCAUGCUCGUAACGCGACAUGGCACGAUUGUAUUACGAGUGCAGCGCGGAUCUAUGGAACGGCACGGGGGACAGUGAAACGAUAAAACCUUAUGCUUGCACUCCAGACAAGUAUUGCGUGUACUGUUGUUGCAAUUCGCAGUGUUGCCUCCUGGUGCAAAGACGGCCGCCACGACAUUUCUGGGAAGCCUGGUACUUUUGGCUGGGCGUUGCUUUACUCGCUGUAUUUAUCGUGUCUUCGGUGAGCAGCUACAUAGUCAGUAAUUGCAGACAUAAUAUUCAAGGUGUACCAUUAGGACACAACACGCACGCCGCCAGACGUAACGAUCGCGCCAGCCGUCCAGGAAGCAAUCAGAACGAGAUACUGAUAAGUAUAAUCCCAACGGCGGAAUUUUUCCCGUCGCAUAGAAAAAUGUUCGUAAUCGCCUCUCAGCCGGGCGUCAGUCAACUCACCCCCGUGAUCGCGUGAAGUCGUUAUAGCGACGGAAUUAUGCCGACGAGACGAGACCGAUGGAAGGAGCUGGAAGAUGAUCAUUUUGCGGGGUAAUGGGCCUGGAAAGACACCGUGUCGCUUCGCUUUAGGCUUUGAUCAGCCGGAACAUCGUGGCCGUAUCAUUAUGUCGCGGAGAACAUUCAACAUUUACGAUAAACGCGUCUUCUUUACUUAUAGCCCUCGCGAACCUAAUAACCGGCAGCGGCUCGAAAACACCUCGAUCGCGGCCAACAUUCUGAACAAAUGAGGAACGAUUUUAACCAAGAUUGCGAACGCUUGCGCUUUCGUUGCGCGAGAUGAUCGUUUUGGCACCAAGGCUGCUUAUAAUACAUAGAUUGCGAUCCAACCGCUUGCUUGACGCGUAGCUCGCUACGCGACUGUAAUGUCAUCGUGUAAAAUGACAAGUACAAGUGGACCUUAGGCGUUUCCCAAACUAUGGUUGUUAAAAGAAUUUUUAGCGAUCAGGCGAGAUGCUCUGUGAAAACUAGAAUAGUACCGGGUUUGUUUUGGAAAACACCGCGAUGGAAUGUGGUUGAUAAAAUGUAGCUCGAACGGUGGUUCGCGCUAAUAGAGGCCGAGUACAAAUCGCGGUUCGAAAUUGAUUAGGUUUAAGUCGUUUCGGCACUUCUGAACAUCGCUCGAGCAUUUGGAAUUUUAUACCUCGGAGGUUUCUGCAUCCCAUUCCGGAUCGAGCGCAACCAACCCGAUCGAAACCCGUUCUCGAGGACUCGAAUGGGCGUAACUCCCAUUAACAAUUAAGAAGACACGCUCUACGUACUUGACCGGGCAUGAAGAGAUCGGGAGCUAAUUAAAAAGGACAAUCGAGCAACUGGAAUCCAAGGCGACGUUUCCUCUUUCUCUCUUUUCGCGUAUCUCCCUCGAUCUCCUUUACCCCUCGUGUCCCUGACUCCUCGUCUUCCCUUCCCUUCUCCAACUUCCCCCAUCUCAAGAUCGAUCCCUCGAUAACGCUUUUAAUCGCGUUGUAAUCUUUGCAAAAGACUGGAAUGGAGAGUUACUUCGGACGUUGCCGAGCCACACGCCUCUGCGACGAUAAAAUUGCGAUUAUAUGUAUCAUAUGCUUGGAAGGUAUCUAAUCCAUCCUUAUCAAUGUGCGCGAAUGCAUAAAACGUAUAAAAGCUGGCAGUGUUGCGCAGAAUUUUUCCUUGGCUUUAACAGUCAGAAGUUGCAAUGAAAUGUUAAAACUGGACUAAGACGAGGAAAAACCAUUCAGAAUUUUAUUAAAAAAUGUAGUGGAAGCAGUAUAUCAAAUUGGACGAAUUUCUGAUGUACCUUUCCUGAGGUACAAAGCAAAAGUUAUCAUUCUCGAGAAGAACUCAAGAUAACAAGAAUAAGAAAACUCAAAGAAAUCAAAAUAAUUCUAAUUUAUAAAAUACUCCUUCGAAACAAUGUCACUCCAACAAUUUUCAAUACUCCGAACAUAUGUGAUAACAGCGAUAACAGCGUAACUCUGAUAAUUUACCGUUUUCCUCGCAUAUAUUUGACGAAUGUAACCAACGUAAUCGUGUCAACGCGACAAGAUAGCAUUUCCUGGUAUGCCUUGCGUAGUAUUUCGUAAUAUCGAUCUCGAUCUGCCCCGAAUGCGAUUUUCAACGGCAAUCGCUGGAACGCGGCGAUCGGGCCGCGAUCGAUGCUCGAGAUGGACUUUGCGCACGCUUACGUAUCGCGUUCACAGAACGGAAGAAUUCGAUACAGUUUUGUAUUGUAACAAGUCGCUGUGUGCAAUACAUGCGCGUCGUCGAGCGAUGCUGUUCGAUAUUCCCUCUGUACAAUCAUUGGCUGUGAUCGUGUCAAUUCGCGGCAGACGCACAAAUGCGAAAACAAUGUGUCAGUCGAAACGUUACGAGAAUAGAUCGGCGUUGACGAUUAGCGUUAUAAUGGCGAACGUCCGAAGACUUUAAUAUGUUAAUAGUGAAACUACCAACGAUCGAUAUAUGUACUGUAUCGUUGUAAAUAUUUGGAAGGAGGAGGAUCGAACUAAUUUACCAAUGGAAUUAAUACUCUAUUACUAUAUAUAUAUAUAUAUCUUAAAAAAUUAAAUAUCAUUCUUUGGUGACAACAGAAGAUGACUCGACGUAUACGACGCUACGACGUCUUUAAGGGAAAAUUAAGUUAGUAUAGAAGAUAAUUCUUUUCAACUGCACACACGAAACACGAACCUAAGCCAACUGACUGAAGUAAAGUCAUUUCUACGAGAACCAAGAAAAAUACGCAUACAGAUUGGAUACGUACCUACAAAGGGAUAUACGUAUGUACUUACAGAGUAGUCUCGGCGCUUAACGCGUUAAGAAAGGAACCGAUACGCGUUUGACAUUUCGCACGAGUGUGUUUGUACUUAGUUGCGUAGGUUGAGAGAGGAAAAAUACCGUCUCGUUACCGUACGAUUCGCCGUAGCGACGGCUGAAAAACUGCAAAUAAAGUAUACGGGUGUGUGCCGCGUU